GUCUACACCUGGCCCAGCGGCAACAUGUACCAAGGCACCUGGGCGCAGGGCAAGCGCCACGGCAUCGGCCUGGAGAGCAAGGGGAAGUGGGUGUACAAGGGCGAGUGGACGCACGGAUUUAAGGGGCGCUACGGUGUGCGGGAGUGCACGGGCAACGGGGCCAAAUACGAGGGGACCUGGAGCAACGGACUGCAGGAUGGCUACGGCACGGAGACCUACUCGGAUGGAGGGACGUACCAGGGCCAGUGGGUUGGUGGCAUGCGCCAGGGCUACGGUGUGCGGCAGAGUGUCCCCUAUGGCAUGGCCGCAGUCAUCCGCUCGCCCCUGAGGACGUCCAUCAACUCUCUACGCAGCGAGCACACCAAUGGUGCAGCGCUGCACCCGGACACCUCCCCGGCAGUGGCCGGCAGCCCGGCUGUGUCCCGCGGUGGUUUCGUGCUGGUGGCCCACAGUGACUCAGAGAUCCUAAAGAGCAAGAAGAAGGGGCUGUUCCGGCGCUCCCUGCUGAGUGGCCUGAAGCUUCGCAAGUCUGAGUCAAAGAGCAGCCUGGCCAGCCAGCGAAGCAAACAGAGCUCCUUCCGCAGUGAGGCGGGCAUGAGCACUGUGAGCUCCACGGCCAGUGACAUCCACUCCACCAUCAGCCUGGGUGAGGCCGAGGCUGAGCUGGCCGUCAUCGAAGAUGACAUCGACGCCACCACCACUGAGACCUAUGUGGGCGAGUGGAAGAAUGAUAAACGCUCGGGCUUCGGUGUGAGCCAGCGCUCCGACGGGCUCAAGUACGAGGGCGAGUGGGUUAGCAACCGGCGGCAUGGCUAUGGGUGCAUGACCUUCCCCGAUGGCACCAAGGAGGAGGGGAAAUACAAGCAGAAUGUGCUUGUGAGUGGCAAGCGCAAGAACCUCAUCCCACUUCGUGCCAGUAAGAUCCGGGAGAAAGUGGACCGGGCCGUGGAGGCAGCUGAGCGGGCAGCCACCAUCGCAAAGCAGAAGGCCGAGAUUGCUGCAUCCAGGACCUCUCACUCACGGGCCAAGGCUGAGGCAGCACUCACAGCUGCUCAAAAAGCCCAGGAGGAAGCGCGGAUCGCCAGGAUCACUGCCAAAGAGUUCUCGCCUUCCUUCCAGCACAGGGAAAACGGGCUUGAGUACCAGAGGCCAAAGCACCAGAUGUCCUGUGAUGACAUCGAGGUGCUCUCCACCGGGACACCCCUGCAGCAGGAGAGCCCGGAGCUGUACCGCAAGGGCACUACCCCUUCUGAUCUGACCCCUGAUGACAGCCCCCUGCAGAGCUUUCCCACCAGCCCCACAGCCACCCCUCCACCAGCUCCUGCCUCCAGGAACAAGAUGGCCCACUUCUCCAGGCAGGUCUCAGUAGAUGAGGAGCGAAGCGGGGAUAUCCAGAUGCUCCUUGAGGGCCGCGGAGGGGACUAUGCCCGCAACAGCUGGGGCGAGGAGAAGGCUGGGGCCUCUAGGGGUGUCCGCAGUGGUGCCCUGCGCAGCGGCCAGCCCACUGAGGACUUCCGCAUCCGGGGCUCAGGCCACAAGCAGCCUGGGAACCCCAAGCCCCGGGAGCGGCGGACGGAGUCCCCCACCACAUUCUCGUGGACUUCUCACCACCGGGCAGGCAAUCCCUGCUCUGGGGGCCCCAAACUGUCAGAGCCAGAUGAGGAGCAGCUGAGCAACUACAAGCUGGAGAUGAAGCCCUUGCUAAGGAUGGAUGCCUGCCCACAGGACACACACCCCCAGAGACGGCGUCACAGUCGGGGUGCUGGGGGAGACCGACGCUCUGAGGAUCGGGGCUUUGGGCUGCAGAGACUGAGGUCCAAGUCCCAGAAUAAGGAGAACCUCAGGCCAGCCUCCUCUGCAGAGCCCACGGUGCAGAAACUAGAGAGCCUGCGGCUGGGGGACCGGCCCGAGCCCCGUCUGCUGCGUUGGGACUUGACCUUCUCCCCACCCCAGAAGUCCCUUCCUGUUGCACUCGAGUCUGACGAGGAGACUGGGGACGAGCUCAAGUCCAGUACGGGCUCAGCUCCCAUCUUGGUCGUCAUGGUGAUCCUGCUCAACAUUGGAGUCGCCAUUUUGUUUAUUAACUUUUUCAUCUGA